AUGCCGGGUGCUGUUCGGUCGAGCGUAUCCUGCGUGCUAUCGGCUGACAGAGCGACGAAAACGCCAUCCAAUGAUCUGUUGCCGCCGUCUUCGACGUCCGACCGCAUGCCGGCCACUGUAGCUAUCACUGCAAAAAGUCCCUUCCCCGGCGCCGUCUCGCAGGGACCCAGCGAUAACGGGAUGCACAUGCCUCGCGAUGGCACGGCGCUGCCUCCGUACAACACGACCUACUACUUUAACCAGCUGAUCGACCAUAACGACCCGAGCAAGGGGACGUUCGUGCAGCGGUACUGGCACACAUGGGAGUUCUACGAGGAGGGCGGGGCGAUCGUCUUGUUCACGCCUGGCGAGGUGAACGCGGACGGGUACUACGGCUACCUCACGAACUCGACUAUCAAUGGCCAGAUCGCCCAGCAGCAGAGCGCUGCGGCCGUCGUGGUUGAGCACCGGUUCUAUGGCGACUCCAACCCGUACAACAACCUCUCUGUCGAGUCCCUCCAGCUGCACACGAUCCAGCAGGCGAUCGACGACUUGGUGUACUUCGCCUACAAUGUCGACCUCCCGAUGCCUGGUGGGGAUAGCGUGAAGCCUGGCGAGGCCCCGUGGAUCUUGGUCGGCGGCAGCUACUCUGGCGCGCUGACGAGCUGGACGAUGGUCAACAAGCCGGGUGUAUUCAAGCCGGGUAUGCGUCGUCCGCGCGACUACUGGGGGUACUUUGAUCCCAUUCGCCAAUACAUGCCGACCAACUGUUCCGCCGACGUCGAAGCCGUUAUCGCCUAUAUCGACACGACGUUCAACGGCAGCGACACCCAGGCGAUCGACAACAUCAAGGAGCUCUUCAAUAUGACCGAGCUCACGCACCUCGACGACUUCGCCGGUGCCCUGCGGAACAACUUGUGGGACUGGCAGUCGCUGCAACCCGACGAAGGCCCGGAUCAGCAGUUCUUCCAGUUCUGCGACGCGCUGGAGGUAAAGGAUGGUGUGAACGCAGGACCUGAGGGAUGGGGCCUUGAGCAUGCGCUGAACGCUUGGGGGACGUACUGGGCGACGACGUAUUACGCGCUGAUUUGCGGUGAUACCGACGCGGUGACGUGCUUGGGGUCCUACGAUCCGACGCAGUCCUACUACACCAGCAUUGCGGUUGACGAUUCAGGACGAUCGUGGGAGUGGAUUGUGUGCAACGAAGUCGGCUUCUUCCAGGAUGGCGCUCCCGCUGAUUGGCCGACCAUCGUCACUCGACUUGUGCAGCCAAGUUCUGACGAGCGGCAAUGCACAUACUACUUCCCUGAGCAGUUCCCCAACGGGCCAGUGGCUCCGAAUGUCACCGCUACGAACACAGCGUAUGAUGGGUGGUUCGCGAACGUCACCAAUCUCUUCUUCGCCAACGGUCAACGUGAUCCGUGGCGCGAGGCAACCAAGUCCGCAGACGGGACGAACUUCCAGAGCACAUCGUGGCAGCCCAUUGCGGAGGGCAAUGGGUACCACUGCUCGGAUCUCCUGACGGCGAACGCGGGCGUUGAUGAGACGGUCGCGGCGGUUCAGGCACAAGGUCUGGCGUCGAUGAAAGAGUGGCUCGCCGGAUGGGAGCCAUCGAGCUCGAGUCGCAAGUGA